CAGGCACUGCUGCGCCAUCAUCAGCCCCCAAACCUCUCCAGGGAUCCGCUGCUGCUGCGAUUUUCACUCUAAAACAUAACUUUUUAAAUGCGUGGAUAAGUUUGUUUGCCAGGUUUUAGCGACUUUUUCUCGUGGAGAGGCGUUUUGUUAUCCACAGUUUUUUUCCCUCUUCAAGCACUUGAGAGAAUGAAAAUGACCGAUGCAAGGUGUAGAAAUCCCCCGCAGGUACGCACGGAGCUGAGCAGCCUGUGAUCUCAGGAGCAGCAGGAUUGGGAUUGAGGGGAAACUUGUUCGUAAGUGCGUAAAACUCGGAGGAUAAUAAUUUUACGCGAGGGUUUUCGGAGACUUCUGAACCCUCUCCUCGCUUUGGCACCGAUAUCCGGAGACGCUGUUGGAUUUCGGGGAGCGGAGGAGACUGAGCUGAGAAAAUAACACACUUCUGGAUAAUUCCCCCCAACAAGGAAGCACCUAAUGUUGCACCCCGUGACUCUGCUGCUGCUGCUGUCCAGUGAUCUAUCCUUACACUGGGAUUCAAUCUCUCAUUUACCCCCGUUGUUGUGCGCGUAAAGGACGCGCAAGGGGAGCGAAAGCGAGACAGAGGGGGGCGAUUUCGCCAAUCUUUCCUGGGGCUCGAAGUCUGUGGAAGCAGGUGUAUUUCAGGUCUGAGAGUCAAGAUGUCUCUGCUGCCUUCGAGGUUCAUAUACGUGUGUUUACAUUUUCUGGUCCUCUAUUUCCAGCUACAGGAGUCCCAGCAGAGCUCCGCUGAUUUUAGGAUUUACAUCGAGAACCACACAAGGAACCCGGAUGACCUGAGCCGGAAGCAGGUCCGGAUCUAUCAGCUCUACAGCAGAACCACAGGGAAACAUGUCCAGAUCUUGGGAAAGAAAAUCAACGCCAACGGAGAUGAUGGGGGCAAGUAUGCUCUUCUCGUUGUCGAGACGGAAACCUUUGGGAGUCACAUUCGAAUAAAGGGAAAAGAGAGCGAACAUUACAUCUGCAUGAACGACAAGGGCAAAAUAGUAGGAAGGCCUGAUGGAAGGAAGCAAGAGUGCGUCUUUGUCGAGGAAUUCCUGGAGAACAACUACACAGCACUCGUGUCGGCCAAGUACAAAGGCUGGUACCUCGGCUUCAACAGGAAGGGUCGGCCCAAGAAAGGCUCGAGGACCACGCAGAGGCAACAGGAAGUCCACUUCAUGAAGCGCCAGCCCAAGGGCAGGGUGGACCCGCUGGAGGAGUUUCGUUUCACCACAGUAACUAAGCGGACACGAAGGGCUCGGCGGUUAAAACCCAACUCCAAGAGGAACUGAUGGGACCAAUGGGACAGCACUAAUUUUCCUCUAAAGGGGAAAAGGACUCGUUCUCAUGCUUCUUGUCUUAAAGAAUCACCUUAAAGACUUCACUUCUGUAAAGAAAGAUGGACAAAAAGAACAAAAAAAGAGUCAAAGAUGUUUUAUUUUUGUAUUUCAGGAUGACAGAGUAUUUCCUAACUCUGGGAUUCCUCUGGGUUGAUGUCAUUGUGCUAAUCUGUCAUGUUAUUUAUACUGGAUAAACUAAAGGACCUCUGAGAGAAUUCCUGUCGCUGUCGUCCUCAGCUCCGUUUGAACUGCACGCUGAAGGCACACUUCUCUUUUUGACAAUGGGGGCUGAAGCAGGAGCUGACGCAAUGUUAUAAAAAUCAGCCAACUAGAGAUUUAUUGGAAUACCUGUCGGUUUUUGUUUGUGUUGCUCCUGACAACGAGGAUCCCAUACUUUCCACUGGAAUCAGACACCAUGGAGAUGAAACGGAGAGGGGAGGUGGCGGCGGUUGCAGGUGACACCGUGCUGCCGGGAUAACUGUGUUAGCUUUGAGUGCAAUAUUUAACAGUUCUAUCUCUCUCUCUCUCUUUCCAUCUUUCUUGUCUUCUGUUUUUUUUUCUUUCCGUACGUCUCUCAACCUCAGCUUCACUCCUGGAAUGCGCUGAACCCUCCGAGUGCUGUGUGUGAUUUCCUUGACGUUUCCAUGCAGCCUGUGAUUCAGCUAAAACACGACAUGCUUUGACUAGUCAGGCACCAGCCGAGGCUUUAGUCUUAUUCAAACACUAAAAAAAACAAACAAAAACACAACAGCUGAUGUGAUUCAUAACUCCACAAAGUCUUCCAACUUUAUCACUUUUGAAAGACGGAUGUUAAUCCCUUUCGUCUCCGCCUGGACUCGCUUUUUUUAACAUCCUCUUGUUGUGUCGUUUCUUUAAGUGUGAGAUAGAUAUCAUUUUAGGGUUGGUGAUGAAGACUUCCUCUAACUCCUUUUUCUUUUUGUUUGUCCUUCACUUGUCUGACUGUAUUUUAAGUUAAUGCCUGGUUUCCACUAUAUGUACAGGGGCUAGUCAACUGGAAGUCCAUUCAAUCCAAUGGGAAUCUCCCUGACAUCUGAUGUGCCUGUGAGUCUCGCUGCAAUUGCCCCAAGUUUGUUACAAAGUUCUAACUUCUCCACGGGAUUUUAGAGAGACUGUAUUACUAGCUAGCAAGAAACCUGCUUACAUGCAUGCUAGAGUGAAGACAGACAAUUCAACAUGCUACAUUUCUGGCAAGUUAACGCUCAAUGGUACAUUGCCAUGCCUAUUGGUCACAGUUUUGUCCCAGUCAUUUUUCUACUUCCUGUACAAAACUAUUAAAUGGUGAAAAAUGGACCAAAUUUGCCUCUCCCCAUUGCAAAAGGUAGUUUCUCUUAGGUUUCUUCCCAUUUUUAAACCAUACCCUACCUUCUGUGAACACUAGGAGAACACUAGGAGGCAUCGUUAGUUGCUGAUGAUGGUCAAGUGAGUUUAUGGGAUAAAAAGAACAUGUUAUUCAGUAUUUAAAGUCAGAUCAUCCUAACCACGAUGUAUGGGUACGGUACAGAAAUUUAGAGAGGCAUCUGGCUGCAGACUUCUACAAUGAGGCGACCUUGACUGUGGAGCAGGAAGUAACAAACUUACCCUUGUUGUGCUUAACUUUACCCUUGAUGUGUUGUUUUUAAUUCUAUCCCCCUUGUCCUAACCUUGGGGGUUUAGGUGCCCUAAUCCCAACCCUCUUUGGGUUGACCUUUGGAUGUGGUGUGUUAAAACUAAAUUUAUCCCCCAGAGUAAAAAUUCUGCUGUUGUAAAAGAAAAAAAAAAAGGCCAGUUAGCAUAACCUCUGACAGCGAGCAGAAAAUAUACGUCAUUCAAUACAUCAUUCUGGUUCCAGCUUGGAUUGAGGUCAACCCACUGUAGAGUUGGGAUGAGUCCAAAACGCCCCACUAAAGAGGUCUGCAGCCAGAUACGCUAGGAGAGUUGGAACUUUAAGGCACGUUGGCCAAAUACUGAGGCUGAAGUAAGGUGUAGAUGUGGCGAGUGAGCCCACCUAAAGGAGGAUUGACACAACCUGGUUGUGCCCUGUUUGUCCUUGCAUAUUACCAGAGGCCUUAGGAAAAUAAUCAGUUUGGGGAAAAAAAGAAAGCCCACAUCUUUAGGACAGAGUAAGAGAUGGACGUGGGAAGUAAGCAUGGCCUAGGUUGGUAGAAGGGUUGCCACAAGUCCCUGGUCAUGCUGUGGAUGGCCCAAACAAUCUCCUGGCAUAUCACUAGAAGUGUAAAAGGUCCAGAGAAAAACACAAAUGAGAUGCUGUUGAGCUUGACCUUGAACAGAACAAAUUAGCCUAAAGGUAUUUUCUAUCAAGUUUCAAUGCAUUCAUAAAUGCACUACACGCUUAAGAAGGAAUUUCAUUAAUGGACAGUGUGCUAACUAGCUAACAGGCUGUGUCCUUUAAUUCAGUAGGUAAUGUUGACUGUCAUAUGGGUUUUUAUGAUAAAAAAGACCAUGUUGCACAGUAUUUACUGUCAGAUUGUCUUCAUAGGUGUGUAUUUAUGUGUUUAUGUGCAACUGAAAAGUUGGAUAGCAUAUGGCUAAUGUUAGCGACAUACACAGUAGCUAACAUGGAUGGCAGAGUGCAGAAAUACAACUUAGCGUUUUCAUUAAGUGUUUUACCAAGCAUGCAAUGUUUCUGGUGGGCUAACAUAUUCAUUUAGAUGUUGCCAUGCAGUUUUGGUCAUGUUUUGUCCCAGUAAUUCCUAAAACACAUCUUCCAAAUCACUAAAUGGCAAAAAACGGACCUAAUUAGCCACUUCCCCAUGACAAUAGGUAGUUUCUAUCAACUUUGAAUUCAUUGGUGAAGGAAUGCACUUCCUUGCUUGGACAUUGAGGCAUCAUCCAUAUUUGUACAGAUCUAGGAGCCCCAGUCACAUACAAAAGUGGAAACAAGGCGUAAUCUUAAAAACCUUUAAGUCAAAACUGAGCUGAACUGAGCUCUUCUUCUCUAUUUCUUUAAACUGUGAUUUCAUUUUCACUCUUUCCAAUCUUACCUGAUGCUUCUUGAAAAUCUUGUUUGUCAGAUCCACAGACAGGACAGGACUACUGUAGCUCUAACCGAUCACUUCAUAACUGAAUCCACGUUUGACAAUUGAGACUUCUCCCAACGUGACCGACGUAUCCUGGAUUUUGGGAACAUUUUCAGUUUGAAUCCUUAACAGGGGAAAGUCUUUGCUUCUGUCACUCUUCUUCACUUGACAAACUCCAGCCCCCUCCUCACCUGUAGUGUGUAUUCACCUGUCCUAUGGCAGGUUUUUUUGUAUGAACUGCUACUAACAACAUGACACAUUUAUGAUUUUUUUAAACAAAUGUAAGCAAAAAUAAUUUUAUGACUAUUAUUAAGAUAUUUAUUGCCUCCCUUUGUAAAUAAAAUGUGAUGAGUU